AUGCCGAUCAAAGCCGCCCUGAACGGCGCCGGCCGAAUUGGCCGCCUGGUGCUGCGCCUGGCCUUUGACGAGCGCCAAGACCUGUUCCAGAUCGUCCACAUCAACGAGCCCAGCCCCAUCGAGUCCACCGCCUACCUCAUCAAGUAUGACUCGGUGCAUGGCACCUGGGAGCACGAGGUGGAGGCUGUGGAUGGCAAGAUAGUGAUCACCCGUAAGGACGGCAGCCAGGCGGUCAUCACGUAUUCGGAAGCCAAGAGCCCAGCCGAGGCGAGCAGCCCGCCCGUGGAGUGGGGCAGCCUGGGGGUGCAGGUGGCGCUGGAGUGCUCCGGCAAGUUCCUGAACCGCGAGAAGCUGCAGCCGUUCUUCGACAAGGGCUGCCAGAAGGUGGUGGUGUCGGCGCCGGUCAAGGACCCCAGCCCCGUGCUCAACAUUGUGUAUGGCAUCAAUCACGACCUGUACGACGCCUCCAACGACCACAUCGUCACCGCCGCCUCCUGCACCACCAACUGCCUGGCGCCGGUGGUCAAGGUGAUCCACAGCAAGCUGGGCAUCACCCACGGCUGCAUCACGACCGUGCACGAUGUGACCAACACACAGACCGUGGUGGACGCGCCCAACAGCAAGAAAAGCGACCUGCGGCGCGCACGCUCCGCGCUGGUCAACCUGGCGCCCACAUCCACGGGCAGCGCCACCGCCAUCGCCCUCAUCUUCCCAGACCUCAAGGGCAAGCUCAACGGGCUGGCCAUCCGCGUGCCGCUGCUCAACGGCUCCAUCACAGACUGCGUGUUUGAGGUCAAGCGCAGCACCACGGCCGAGGAGGAGGCUUCGGAGACGUACCUGAAGGGCACGCUGGGGUACGAGGUGAAGCCGCUAGUCAGUACGGAUUACAUCAACGAGCGGCGGCCGGGCGUGGUGGAUGCGCUCAGCACUCAGGUCAUCGACGGCACGAUGGUCAAGGUGUAUGCCUGGUACGACAACGAGUACGGCUACUCCUGCCAGCUGGUGGAUGUGGCAGCCAUGGUGGCCAAGUCCAUCUCCUGA